AUGUUAGACGAAUUUCGAAUUCGGCUUGUAGGAAAUAAAGCUUUUUACGGCAGUUGGCUAUCUGAAGAGUGCUGUACAAACGAUCAGUUACUAUCGCGUUACGCAGACGUCGAACGUAAACGUUCACAAUACUGCAUCAGAAAUCAGGCAUUUCCGACAGGAAGUCAAGAAUACGGAGAAACCAUUAACGCGUUUGUGGAGAGUAUCGAACGUUUUCUAGAAGCUCAGGAAGUCCAUUACACUACCGUUCAAGAAGUCAUAGACGCUCUUGAUCCGAGUAGUCGUGGAGAUCUCGGUAACAUGGCAAGGAAGAAGCCAUCGGCACGAAAAAAGUCUACAGAAAAUAUCAUUGUUGAUGCUGGAGACACUGUGCAGGAGGACGGAAACACAGACGAAAGUGAACGUGACUCAGCAUAUUUGCUAAAGCAGAUAUCACAAAUGAGAGAGCAUUCUUCACGAUUGAUAUCAGAGUACAAUAAGAAGUUGGACAAAUUGCAGAAGGAGAAUAGGCAACUCAAGGAGACCCUUAGAACAAAUGCUAUUGAGAGCCAGGACUCUGAAUCUUCCGAAGAUCACAUGAACUGCGAGGAGAAAUCAGUUCUUAAAAAAGACUUAGAAGAGCUGUUAGUGAAAUUCGGCGCAACAUCAUCUGAACUGGAAAAAGUUCGCAGAAGUCAUAGCGAAUCUCUCCUUCUUAUAUCGUCACUAAAAGAUGAAAUAUCCGAUCUCAACGAAAAACUCUUAGAUCGUGAUCGAGUGAUCGAAGAAGCCAAAUGUCAUUUGAAUUCCUUAGAAGAAACAUCAGAACACCUAUCGAGAUCCUUCAGCGAGAAUUCUGGGCAUUCCUGUGAUUCAACGGCUGGAAAUCAGCAAGAAAUUCAAGAGAAUCACAACUCACACUGUGACAAUGUGUGCGAGAAGUCAGGAGUUGCUGAUGUUGACUUUUCACCCCGGGAAACUGUUGCUGAUUCCGCAGUUGUAGCAGUAGAAACUAGUGUCAGUGUAGUAGGUGAAAACCCUAUCACUGAACUUCUGCAGGCUAAGGAAAAUCUAGAAGAAUUGCUCCGCUCUGAAAGGAGAGAAUACGAAGAAAAGUUAGCAAGUCUGAGAACUAUAGCAGAUUCAGACAACGAAGAUAUUGAAGUACUACAGCAGAAAUACUUUCAGUUGAACGAAAAAUAUGAUGAUAUUGUUGGUGAGCUUGAAAACGCUCGAAGUGCUUACAACAAUGCUCUCGUUGAAUUGGCUGCAACACAGAAUGAUAACGAUAAGUUGACUAAGAAUAGAGACGAACUGGUAGAACGAAUAAACUGCUAUGAACUGGAAGCAAAUAAUGCUGCCGGUGUAAUGGAACUUAAGCAGCAGGAACUUAUCAGGCUAAGCGAACACAAUACUUGCUUGCUUGAAAAGAUUAGAGAUUUUGAGCAGAAAUUCGGUGAAUUACAAGAAAACGAAUGGAAAAAGAAGCUGGAAAUUGAAGAGCUUGCUAAACAACUUGAAAACGAAAAAGUUAAGUUUGGCAUGGAGAAAGAGGAGCUUCUAGAAAAGAUAGAAGACUAUGGACACACUGUCAAUUUCCUCGAAAUCGACCAGUCAGAGAAGCGAGAAAUGUGCGGAGAGCUGGCGCAACAGUGCCGACUUUUAAAAGAGGAGCUACACAAGGUAAAAGCGGAGCAUCACCGUUCAGUGGACGUACUAAACACGGCACUAGAAACUAUCAAUGUUGAAUAUAACUCGACUGUGGAAAAAGCCAAAAAGAAGAUUGAUGAUUUGCAAUCCACUCUUCUCUCAAAGUCAAAAGAGCUCAGCACCGUCAACGAUCAGAACAAACUUCUAAUGGUGACGGUCAAUGACCUCAUAGAAACUGUCAAAUCCACAGAGGAAGACCUCGAGGCCACCCGUUCCGCUUUUGCAAAUCAGGUUGACGAAAACCAUUAUCUGAAAGCUAAACUCGAAAGAAUCUUUGAACAAGUAGCGAAUGAUCCCGAAACCGCUUCAGCUGCUCAAACGCAUUCUAGAUUAAAGGUUGAGGAGCUGGAGGAGCAAUUAGCGAAGUCAAAUACUAUUGUUGACGCAUUGACUGCUCGACUUGAAGCGACUUCUAGAAAUGCGCCGAUAGAAGAAAUCGAGAAGCAGCUGACUGUUCCUCAAACGUGUGCUGACGAUAUGAAGUUCAACUCUGACCUGUCGAUACGGGAAAGAGAUUUGCUUUCAGAAGAGCUGAAAAGAACUAAGCAACAGCUAGACAUUACUGCUGAUGAAUUAUCCACUGCACUUCGACGUUGUGAAGAGAUCGAGGAAGAAAGGCUGAAACUCGAGUCUAAGUUGGAUGCCGUCCGAAAAUCAGAAGAAAGCCUAUCGCGGGAGUUACGAGCUAUAGGAGAGGAGCAGCUAGUCAAGGAAGCAUUUCAGGAUCAGCUUGUUGAGAAGAGUGCUAAGCUGUGUGAGGAUGUAGAAUCCUUAGAGAAAAAAGUAUCAGACUUAGAAGCUAGAAAUGAUGUGUUGACACAAGAAUUGUCAGUUUUUCACGAAAACGAAGAGCUGUGUGUCAGAAGAGAUAACGAAUUAGCAGCAGUAACAUCUGAAAGAGAUGAUUUGCUUCAGAGGAACGCAAGUCUUGACCAAGCCAACAAAGAUCUAUAUGAACGUCUAGCGGCGGUUGAAUUUGACUGUCAAAGUGCCCGAGAACGCUGUACUAGCUUAGAGGCCGAUCUGUUGGAGUUGAAAGAUGUUACGCAGAAGGUGGAUGACCUCAGCGUUGUUUUACGGUCGAAAGAAAAUGAAGUAGUUUCGCUAAAGGGCAAAAUUCAAUUACUUGAAGAGGAACUUCUUAUCGCAAAAGUUAAUUCGGACACGCUAAGUGAACAAAUCGAAGGCCUUACAAUAACAUUGGCUGAUCGUAACACAUCUCUUGCCAGAUGUGAAGCAGAAUGUGCAGCUCUUCAAAUUGAAGUGGCCGAGCACAACAAGAAAGUGAAUGUUCAGCAUCUCCAGUCAUCUGUUGAGCGCAAGAGGUCUGAGGAGACGAUCAUUCAUUUGAGGGAUGACAACAUUCGCUUGGAGAAGGAACUUUUCUUUGCUCAUGAACAACUGGAAUCUACAAGAUCCGAACUGGGUGCUGUUCGUCAAUCCCUUGAACACAGCGAAGCACUCGCAAUGGCAACAAGGAAUGAAAACCAGAGACUGGUGGAACAACUGGAGCAUGCAAUGUUUGAACGAGAACAAACUAUCCUAAUGGCGGGAGAAGGAAAAGAGGCAGCAGCUCGCGUACUAACUCUGGAACGAAGCAUUGCACAAUUGAAAGGCGAACAUGAUGAAAAAAUGGAACAGGUGCUCGGGGAUCUGGAAGCCAGUGAACAACGUUUACGUGUGCUGAAUGACAAAGCUGAAGAGGCAUUCCGUCAGCGCGAUGAUUCUGCAAGAAAGAUGGAGUCAUGGCGCGAGCGAUUUGAACUUGCUGCGCAAGAAAUAGAAAGCCUCACACGCGCCAUUGGAGAAGUGCACCGGCUCGAAGCUGCGCUUGAGCAGGGUAAUUCUGAGAGGACUGCAUUGUAUCAGAAACUGACUACUCUGCAAUCCUAUGUCGAUCAGGUUGUUGCCGAAAAAGAUGCGCUCCUUGCUCAAUUAGCUGCUCUUAAUGGUCAACUGGACGAGAGGACCAACCGUCUGCGACAAGUCGGUGAAGCAAAAAUGGACACUACUUUACGAAUCGUCGAACUAGAGUCGCAGAUCGCUGCUCUUUUGCGCGAACGUGAGGCUGCCGAGUGUUCACCUGAUGUACCAUUAUCGAACGGAGUAUCCAAUUCAACACCAACAGAACAUGUUGCAGUUCAAAUUGAAUUUGAGGAUGGACAGGAAAACACUGAACUUCUAAAGCUUCGCACAGAAUUGCAGCGGGCAGAGAGGAGGAUUGCAGAGCUAGAGGAAUUUGAACGGGUUGUUGGCGACAGUCAUAGAGGGUUGAACGCUGAACUACUGCGUUCGUCGCAGCAUUCAGAAUCUACUGAGUCUUCACACUUCAUAUCUGCUUCUACGCCCUUUCCUUCUCUUGUGACGCUUCUGUCACGUCGUCUCAGUGCGAUACGACGCCGCCCACAACGUGCAUUAUUCCCGUAUUUUCGAUACAUCAUGGCCGGUUAUGCUGUUAUGCUUCACAUGAUGCUCAUUCACUGCUGGUUUUUCGCUGGAUGUCCUAUGUAA